CUAGAAACUUCAGUAAGCUAAAGUGAUUCUGGAUGGCGGAGGGGUUCGACUACUGAAAAGACCAUGUGUUCGCCAAAGAUUAUCUCUAGAGGAGUCAACAUUGGGGACAAUGAGAAUAUUUGGUUUACUGUGUUACUGUGAGUGUUGAGGACAGGCUGCAACAACAUUUAACCCUGACUGCGCAGUCGCUGCUCUUCCAUUGAUUUCCAUUGUAAAAAUGACAGCCUUUUUAGAUCAGUUCAUGGAGUUUCACUCGGUUCAUGGUACAAAUGUGAAAUUGGACCCCUCGGGAACUCAGGCCACCCGCGUAGAAAGUUUUGCGAAUGGCGUCUGCUUCAGUAAAAACCCUUUGAGCCCCGGAGAGAUCUUCCUUGUUGAGAUUGAAGAGAAGGAACUGGGCUGGUGUGGUCAUUUAAGGAUUGGACUCACUGCACAUGACCCCCGAACACUGGAAACGGUGCCUGAAUAUUCUUUGCCGGAUCUUGUGGAUAUGGGAGAUAGCUGGGUAUUUGCAAUAACAAGAAACCAUAAUAAGGUUGUUGAGGAUCAAGCCGGAGAGGUGGAAGGUGGAGAACAACCAGUUGUGGCUGGUGAGACAGGAAACAAGCCUAAAACAUUUUUCACUGACACUCACUUGUAUAUAGAAAAUAUAUGCAUACCGAGAGACAAGCUGGUGGGACGCAGUCGGCCUGGGAGGUACAGUCACAUUCUGGAUGACUUGUACAAAACCAACACAUUACCUCCCACUGCACGCCGCAGUCGCAUAGGGGUUGUUUAUGUGCCUAAGGGACAAGGCUAUGGUGAUAUGCACAUUAUCAUCAAUGGUGAAGACAUGGGAGCCUGUGCCAAGAGGAUCCCAACUAAUAGGCCGUUGUAUGCUGUUGUGGAUGUAUUCGCAGCUACUAAAUGUGUCAGGAUCGUCCAGGUGGAAUAUGGCUUUGCCUCAUUGCAGACACUCUGCCGAAAGAUUAUUCAGAAACACAUCAUUCACAGAAUGGCUUUGGACUGGCUGGAACUUCCAGAUUUACUGAAACAUUACUGUAAAUAUGAAUGAGCAAACCUGUCAGAUAUCUGGAUAGAUAGUUCCAAAGACUGCAAAACUGUGGAUUUGUUUUUAACUAAAAAAAACUCUUCGUCUGAUGCAUUACCAAAUGUUUUCUUCAAGCUUAAACUUUGUGGAUGCAAUUUAUCACCAGGAAAAAUAUUAGUAUUAAUAAAAUUUCUAUUAUGUA